ACUUGCCCAUUUCCUCACUUCAUUAGAAAAAAAUAACCCAAAAUUUCUCUUCAGUUUUCUCCUUUCUUCUCCACUUUCUCAGAAUCAGAAUCAAACUCUACAUAUCCAAACAAUGUCUAGAAAUCAAAACGAAGUCCCGAAUCGAACGACAGAUUUGCCACGUCUCAGUGAGGAAGAAAUGGAGUUCUUCAAAUCUUCUCCAUCCGGUUACAGAUUUUGGCCUACUGAUACACAGCUCAUUCUUGAUUAUCUGCACAAGAAAGUCCACCAUCAACCUUUGCCUCUAAACAGGAUCAUGAACGUUGAUCUUUAUAAAUUCAAUCCUGGAAAUCUUGCAGAUAUAUAUAAGGAUUAUGGAGAGGGGGAAUGGUAUUUUUUCACACCAAGGGACAAGAACAACAGAAGAUUGAGAGCUUCUGGUGACGGGUACUGGAUAGGGGGCGAAGCCGCUGAACCUAUAAGGCAUAAUAGUAUUAUCAUUGGAAGGAAGAAUACUUUUAUUUUCUACAUUGGAAAACAUCCAAAUGGUUCAUCAACUGACUGGAUUAUGAACGAAUUCAUACUCGAAAACCCGCCUCCUGCUCCAUUGCCAAACAUCGAUCCCGACGGCCAAGAACCUAAUCCAGAGUUGGAUGAUUGUGUACUAUGUCAGAUUUAUAAGGAAUGUGCGAGAUUUUUUUCAGAAGAUGAUGAACCUGAAUCUCCAAGAGCUGAGGAGAUCGACGAUAAUAAUGAGUUUAUUGGCGAUGACUUUGAGCCUGAAUCUCCUCCGCCACCCAAUGAUUUUGCUCAAUUGUAAUAAUCAGCUAGAGCAACCUCCUGAUAAUGAACAGAGUCCAUAUCAGCAUCAACCGCCUCAGGAUGAACAGAGUGCAGGCUCUAAUAUGGCAAGUCUAGAAAAUAUUGUUUCAUUUCCAGCGCAGCAAGUUUCUCCGGAACACAAAAGAAGAAGAAAAUGAAGUUGAAAUGUAUGCAUUGUGAGAUAACCAAGACUCCGCAGUGGAGAGAAGGACUAAUGGGGCCUAAAACCCUUUGCAACGCUUGUGGAGCUUGCUAUAGGUCAGGCCGCCUUUAUCCUCAAUAUCGACCCGCAGCAGUCUCACCUUCGUUCCGUCGUUGCACUCCAAUAUCCAUAAACAAGUUAUUCAGAUGCAAAAUAAACCAGUCGAAAAAUAACUCCCCGAGUUGAUACCAAAAAUUACCAACUGAUCAUAACUGCAUUUGGAAUUGCUGAAUUUACUCUUUAUGUUUUUUUGUAACAGUUAAUUUCCAUUUCUUUACUGUAUAUUAUUUUGAAGUGCAAAACAAAAAACAAGUUCGGACAACUAA